AUGGGCUCCGAAAUGGAUACCUUCACUGCCCGCCUGGCCAGCUUCGAUAUAGUGCUGAAGCCUGAGAAGCGGAGAUCGUCCGCCACAAAAGGCUCCAAGCGCAUUGCAUGGCCUCACAAGAGUCCCUCGCCCGCCGAUUUGGCGCAUGCGGGUUUCUACUAUAAGCCCUACGAGACCAAUCCCGACAACACGACCUGUUUCCACUGCCACCGAGCACUGGAUGGCUGGGAAGAGGAGGAUAACCCGAUUGACGAGCAUCUCAAGCAUGCGCCGGAUUGCGCAUGGGCGAUUAUGAUGGAUAUCCAACAACGCAGCUCCAACCCCGCCGAGAUCGAGGAUCCGACAGGCGAGCGCGUCACACAAGCGCGACUUGCCACCUUUGGCUCGACAUGGCCUCACGAUGGAAAGCGAGGAUGGAUGGUCCAAGGCGGGUGGUUCUUUGCCCCGACAGAAGAAAGCAAUGAUUUGGCCAGUUGUGUCUACUGUAAACUGUCUCUCGACGGCUGGGAGCCCAAGGAUGAUCCUUUUGAGGAACACCACCGCCGCUCCUCGGAUUGCUCCUUUUUCGUCUUUGCCCAGCCCCCAACCAAGAAAGGGAAGGCAUCCAAAGCCAAGAAAUCGCGUGGUUCGAAAAUAUCACGGCUGUCGACACAGUCCGUUGCUACCACAGUUGCUGCUGAGGAGCCCGAGAUGGAUGUCGACGACGCAAUGGACCAGAGCAUCAUUUCGCAAGCUACCACAAAAUCAUCCAAGUCCACCAAGAAGUCUACUAAGGGCAAAGGAAAGAGCACGAAGAGCAAGAAAGAAGAACCCGUCGAGGCGAUAGAUGUCGAGAGCACCGAACUUGCGCAACCAGAGCCACCGAAAACGAAACCAAAACGAGCGACUCGUGGAAAGAAGCGAGCCAGCGAGGAGAUGAACGCGCAGCCUGUCAGCAUUGAAGAACCGGAAGACACAAAGCCUGAGGAGCCUCCUGCAAAGCGACGUGCCACGAAAACACGCAGCAGCAGCAUCGCGCAACCAAGAAUAUACGAGACCAAUGACUACGCCAUGCCGGAUGUUGAGCCAGUGGAUGAGCCUGUCCCUGAAAAAGAGACCAAAAAGGGUCGGAAGGCCUCGAAGAAGGGGGAUGCAUCGAAGAGUCGAAAGAUUUCCGAUGUUUCUACAGCUUCCCGAGUAACGUCCAAAGCUCGAGUGCCGCGUGAUUCGGAGAUAGAGGCGGCCAUCGAAGCAGGUCUAGAAGCCGACGACCAGGAAUCAGCUGAGCCAGAACCGGAGCCCGCGGGGACGCGUACUUUGAAGAAAACAAAAUCGACCAAGAAAUCCAAGGCCGCCACAAAAACCGAGCAGCAAGCGCAGGAUACGGAAGAAGAUGCUGAUCGCGAAGAGCCCGUGGCACUGGAGGAGAUUGACUCACCGGUCAAGGAAUCACCAGCCAAGUCGAAGACUGCGAAAGCCCCCAAAAAGAAGGGAACCAAGAAAACCAAGCCCAAGGCGGAAGAUAUGCGAGAGUCAAUCGGUGCCAAGUCUGUUGCUGAUGAUCAUGACCGCCAUGAGUCUUUUGUGUCUGUGGAAAUUAUCAACCGUCACCCAGAGCCAAGUCGGGGGCCAGAGCCAGAGUCUGAACCUGAGCCUGAACCUGAACCGGCCAACAAGGCUGCGUCGAAGAAGGGAACCAAGAAGAAGGAUGCCCCGGCGAAGAAGUCCAAGAAAUCUGACAAGAAGACAACACGCCAUGAGGAGCCGGUCGAGCCAGAGGAGGUCCUCGAGUCUCCCGUCCAAGUUGACGAUGACGAUAACUUCCAGACUCCAGAGGAUAUGUCUGACCAAGUCGAGAUGGUAGCGCCUCCGCAGCAGCUUUCUCCAACGCCCCAACGCUCACACUGGACAACAUCCGAUGUGCCGGCAAAGACCACGAAGAGAUAUAGCGAUAUCCCAGCCGAGAAGCACCUCGCCGAGUCCCUGACUAGUUCCCAGUCGCGUCAUAAUAUUCCUGAGCAGCGUAAGGCUGAGAAAGUUGCCUCGCCUCCCCCGGCAGCUCAUCAAAGCACCCCAUCAAUGUCACCGCAGUCUUCAGAUGCCGAGAAUCGGCCACCAUCUGCGCGGCCUUCAGCAUCACGUCCACCAAUUGUCGUAUCGCCACCAAAGGACCACACCCCGCUGGCAGCUACCACGCCUUUGCCAUCAAAACGCAAAAUCUCCGCCAAGCCGGUACACCCGUGGACUCCGGUGGACGUUGACUUCAUCCUCUCCGGCGAAGCCAGCGACAAAGAGAACGCCGAUCUGGCCGGAGUUCUCAAAGAUGCGAAAGCAGGGCUGACCAGCCCGGAGAAGAAGAUGACAGUGGAGGAAUGGAUUAUGUGGAAUGCAAAGAAUGGCGAGGAACGGCUGAAGCGAGAAUGCGAGAGGCUCGUCGGCGUGUUCGAAAGAGAAGGUGGACGCGCCAUGCGGCGGCUGGACGCGAUCGAGUGCAUUGACUGA